AUGACGGCGGUGGUGGCUGAGACGGAUCAGGGCAAGGCCGCGAAGGAGCCCCCCGCCAAGCCGGGGAAGGAGGAAACGGGAAACGGGACCACCGGGAAGCCACCCUCGGAGGUGAUGUGGGCGUGGGAACAGGGCCUGCCGCGGCCUGAGCAGCUCCCCGGCACCAACUCUCAGCUGCUCACGCCGUCCUUGGCCAACGCGUUCGGAAUCCAGAUGAUGAACGGCUACAGAUACCCGCUGCCGCCGCCGUCGCAGGAGUCCGGAGAGCGCGCCAACGGCGAAUCUCGAGCUGCGCAGGGCUCGUAUCACGACCCCAUGGGCGCGGCUCAGAUGCAGGCCUCGAUGCCCCCACCGUACGCAAAUUUCCACCACAGCAUGCCCCCUCCGGGUUCCGCGAACGCCCAGGCCGCCGCCGCGGCCGCCAUGGCGUCGGCGGCGAUAUCCAACCCCUACGGCUUCCCCGGUAUGUACCAGGCCCCGUUCGGCGCGCAGAGGCCCGGGGGUCAUUACGACCCCUACGGGAGGUCGCUCGGCCAGGGCGGCGAUCGGGGCAUGGGCCAUUCCCAAGGCCACUUGGAUCCGAACGUGAGCUUCGAGCACAUGAUGGCGUACCAGGCUGGCAUGGAACACUCCAGAAGCUUCGAGGCGUUCAAGCGAUCGCGCGAGGAGCCCGGCAUGUCCAUGGGACUCGAGGGCUCCGAGGACGACCACGCGCACGCCCUGAAGCGCCCGCGUCUGGUGUGGACGCCGCCGCUGCACAAGCGAUUCGUCGACGCCGUGUCGCACCUCGGCAUCAAAAACGCGGUGCCAAAGACGAUCAUGCAGCUCAUGAACGUGGAGGGUUUGACGCGCGAAAACGUGGCGAGCCACCUCCAGAAGUAUCGCCUGUACCUCAAGCGCCUGCAGGGAUGCAGCGAGAGCACGAUGGAGAACUCGCCGAGCCGCGAAGGGGGCGGCAGCGGGGGCGGCAGCGGGGAGGGUUCCGGCGGCGACACCGGUCCGGGCGCGCGUCACGGCGGCGGCAGCGGCGGCGACGGCUCCGGCAACGAGUACAAGCGCGAGGGAAGCGGCAGCGAGGGGAACGACGGGCCCGGGAGCGGGCAGGGGAGCGGCGGCGGCGCGGCCAACGGGGGGACGGGAAGCGGCGCGCACGACGGGGGCGGGUCGGGGGGUUCCGACGGCGGCAGCGGCAAGGGCAACCCCGCGGCGCAGUCGGAGAAGGGAAGCGGCGCGGGCAACGCGAGCGGCGGCAGCGGCAACGGCAGCGGCAACGGGAGCGACGGCGGCGGACAGACGCAGACGCUCAAGGCUUCGAACAAGGACGGGCCGCAGAGCCAGAAGACGGAGCCCGGGGCGCCCGCCGCGCCCGCCGCCACCGCGCAGGUCAACAAGGGUUCGACGCCGCAGGGAAACUCUGGCGCGGCGCCGACGCAGGCGGAGCUCAAGCCCGGCGUUGACGAGAAGCUCAAGCUCAAGCACACGCGACAGGGGUCCGGGAGCGGCGGCGAGGGCGGCGCCAGCGGCGGCGAGGGCAACGGUAGCGACGACGGGGAGGAGCGACCGAAUUCGAUGGAGCGCGCGUCCAGCGGGGACGGGUCCAACGACGGCGCCAACGAGGUGGACGAGCCCGGGAGAAAGGGAAAACUCGGCAACUCGGCUCGGGACGCCCCGGCGACGAGCAAGCCCCCCCCGGCGACGAGCAAGCCCCCGACGACGGAGGAUAAGAAGACGAAGAGGACGGGUAAGUCCACCAAGUGAGAGCCCCGGGAGCGGAGGGAGGGCGACUCCGCGCGACGCGACGCACAUUGAUUGUACCACCACGCGGCGACGAAGAGCGGUCGAGCAUACAAUUGCUUUGAUUUUACACCGGGGCUACGCGGUUCGGGAUCGGAACACCCCGCGCACACAUGUUGUAAGCAGCUACAAGACUUUCGUUU